GCGGGCGUGGGCCGUCGACGGGUUUCUGUGGGCAUUUUAAAAUAAAAUAACAGCAUGAAAGGCACAGGUGCUGCGGGCAGAUAGAGGAGAUGGCCAUGUUCUCUAGUUUUCAAUGGGGAUGGGCAGGUCCACCUAAUUCCGUCUGCCCACAUGGCUCUCGCAGCUUGUUAAGAAUGGCCUCUGCCAUUGAAUUGCACGCAGCUCGAUUUCAAGUGAAGUAUUCGCAUAUUUUUGCAAGUUUUCAGGAAUCUUACAGUUUUCAAAUUGACACCAAAAACACCACAUUGUGCAACAAAAAUGGCAAUGGUUUGUACAAGGAGUUCGGGAUUUUGGAUAGGUUCUCAAGAACUUACCUAUUUUUUCCUUCACGGUGUAUGCCAAAUCUUUGCAAUAAAGCACAUCAGAGAAGCUUGCAGAAAGCAAGGGGUGGAAUACCUGGUUCAAUGCAAUCUUCUACUGAACAUCGUCCAAGUGGAAGAGUUUGUACUAACAUCCUUCUUGCUUUGAAUAUAUUGCUUUAUGUUGGUCAGAUUGUAUCUCGAGGAAAGGUCACCUUUUGGGGAGCUAAGGUUAAUAGUUUGAUAAAUGAUGGUCAAACGUGGAGACUUGUGACUUCAUCAUUUCUUCAUGCAAAUGUUGUCCAUCUCUUGGUUAACUGUUUUUCUCUGAAUUCAGUUGGUCCAAUGGUGGAGGAAUUACUUGGGCCUAAGAGAUUUUUUGCAGUUUAUAUGGCUUCUGCCAUCACAAGUGCAACGAUGAGUUACUAUCUCAACAAGGCAUCUUCUCUAGGUGCUUCAGGAGCAAUUUUUGGUCUUGUUGGCUCUUUGGCUGUUUUUAAUUUUAGACACAAAAAUCUCUCAAGUCGUGGAUGGGAAAGUUUAAUUGAAAUUGCUUUAAACAUUGCAGCAAACAUGGUUUUAGGACAUCUAUCUCAAGGAAUAGACAAGUGGGGUCAUGUGGGAGGGAUGAUUGGUGGAGCUUCUUUGUCAUGGUUAAUAGGGCCUGCAUUUUCAUAUGAGUCUGUAGAAGGGGGAAGAAAUAGAGUCCUUGUAGACAAGCCACCCAUUUCUUUCUUACUUGGUUUGGGAAGGCACCCUAAGUAGUGGAGAGGUUUCUACAUAAUCAAUCAUCACGAAGAGCAAAAUUCAGCAUAUUAUUGUGCAUUAUAUUGACAUUUGAAAAGAAUGUAUCUAAUUACAAUUAUUUGUUGGGUUGAUUAAUGUAUCAUCAUAUUGCAAGAAUAUGUAUGGGGAUGCCUGUGACAAUUAUAUGUCAUUUAACUUGGCAAAUGCUUCCCUGCCCCAUAUCAUGUUAAAAGUCAUGAAAUUUGUCCAUUUGGUGUGAUUUUGUAGUAGAGACUGAGCAUUGUCACUUUGAAGACCUGGGCGCAAAUCACCAUGACAGCUGCUGGACACAAGCCUCCUCAUGCGGCUCCAAAAGCGUACAGAUUGAAACCCACACCUGACGUUCUAAAACAAGAAAUGGAUUCAAUUGGAGGAGUUGACUCCCAAACAGAGGGUAAAGUUAUAAUUUAAUACAAAAGUGUGAUGACAAAUGUAUAAAAAAUUAGUUAUAUAUGAAUGCCAAAGAAGCAGUUAAUUCAAAACUGAAAUAUA